CUGAUUCAUCUCGUAUCGACUCAUUCAUGCUGUCAAAGAAGGCUUAUAACCUGCCCUGUCCGGACUGGUGAGCUUUUUCGUCAUCGGGCUGAUCGAGUUUCCUUCUUCUUUUGCGCAUGGGUUUGCCCGCCAAGAUGUUUCAAAAAGGCCGUUAUGCUUACUUUGGGCUUUGGACUUUGCUGAUCUGCAGCAAGGCGGCGUCCGAGAAGGCUCCAUUGACCGCUGCCGCUCGGCACUACUGUACUCUAUGUGAGAUCGGACCUGACGAGUUGCCGGAUGGGGCAGGUGAUGGGAGUUGCGCCGAGUUUAAAAAGAAGGUUGACUGUUGUUCUCGUAUAUGUAUGUAGGUACGUGGGGGGUGUUUGGGGGGUUGAUUUGGGUUGAGUUGAGUUGCAUUUGAGUUGGUUGAGCUGGGGUUGGAUGGAGUCUGUGGGAUUGAGUUGUC